ACAAUGACAGAGGAAGCAUGCAGGACUCGGAGUCAGAAACGAGCCUUAGAACGUGAGGUACCGCACAACGAUGUGGACAGUAAAAAAAUAAAGAUGGAGAAAGGACUGUUAGGAGCAGAGAUCAAUGCUGAAGGCGACAUGAAAAUAAAGACAGAUCCUGCAGCUGGAAAAGUGCAAGGAUUAUUAAAAAGUGGAGAGGUGAAAGCAACCAUUAAAGUGGAGGUUCAGACGGGAGAUGAGCCUGUGGACAUGAGUACCUCAAAAAGUGAAAUGAGAGAAAAGAGAGUCCCCUCACCAGAUGUUAUAGUUUUAUCCGACAAUGAACCUUCUAGCCCUAGGAUGAAUGGUUUAACAAAAAUAGCAUUAAAAGAGACCAACACGGAGGCCCUCAUGAAGAGCAGCCCAGAGGAGCGUGAGAGGAUGAUCAAACAGCUGAAGGAAGAGCUACGGUUAGAAGAAGCAAAGCUUGUUUUGUUGAAAAAGCUACGGCAAAGUCAAAUCCAGAAGGAGACCACUACUCAGAAGCCUGCUGGUUCCUCUGGGAGUGCUGUGGCCACCCCUCCGCCCUUGGUGCGGGGACCGCAGAGCGUUCCUGCUGGCAAACCAUCCCUCCAGACCUCUUCUACACGGAUCCCAGGCACUGUUAUUCCCCCUCCCUUGGUCCGUGGAGGGCAGCAGACUUCUUCAAAAUUAGGAACUCAGCAAAACACGCAGAUAGUGAUGCCACCUCUGGUCAGAGGAGCACAGCAAAUCCACAACAUCAGACAGCACUCCAGCACGGGGCCUCCUCCGCUGCUGCUGGCACCACGGGCCUCGGUCCCCAGCGUCCAGAUUCAGGGACAGAGGAUUAUCCAGCAGGGGCUGAUCCGUGUGGCCAACGUCCCCAACACCAGCCUGCUGGUCAACAUCCCACAGGCUUCCCCAACUUCAAUCAAAGGUACCACAGUGACAUCUGCUCAGGCCAAUGCCACCACGACCAGCGCCGCUUCCAUCGUCAACUCCAGCGAGUCCCCGGCCAGCCGGCAAGCGGCCGCCAAGCUGGCCUUGAGAAAGCAGCUGGAGAAGACACUCUUGGAGAUCCCUCCUCCCAAGCCACCUGCUCCAGAGAUGAACUUCCUGCCAAGUGCAGCCAAUAACGAAUUUAUUUACCUAGUCGGGUUGGAAGAAGUUGUGCAGAACCUGCUGGAGACUCAAGCAGGUAAAGUUUCGGUCCCCAUGUCCUCCCGCGAGCCCUACAUGUGUGCUCAGUGUAAGACUGACUUCACCUGCCGCUGGAGGGAGGAGAAGAACGGGACCAUCAUGUGUGAAACCUGCAUGACAUCCAACCAGAAGAAGGCCUUGAAAGCUGAGCACACCAACCGGCUGAAGGCCGCCUUCGUCAAAGCCCUGCAGCAGGAGCAGGAGAUCGAGCAGAGGAUCCUGCAGCAAACCUCCUCUCCUGGGCAGACCAAGGCAGACCCCAUCGUGCAGCACCACUCACUCAAGCAGACUUCCAGCCAGAUGUCCCGAGGUCCUGGAGGUGCCCGGGGGGUGUUGCACCCCUUCAGCCAGUCCCCCAAGCUGCAGAACACCUCGUCUGCUGCAGCCCUGGGCAGCCGGCCGGGGAAGCACGCGGAGAGACCCGGCAGCAAGGGCAGCGCGGCCGCCUGGAAGAAGACUCCCAUCAAUACAGGGGGGGCUCUGCCCUUCGUCAGCCCUGGCUUAGCUGUGCACAAAUCCUCCUCAGCCGUCGACCGCCAGCGCGAGUAUCUCCUGGAUAUGAUUCCCCCACGGUCCAUCCCACAGUCUGCCACGUGGAAAUAAUGCAGAGGAGCCCAGAGGAAGACUUUCCUGUCUCUGCCAUCCUUUUUAUACCACAUUACAGUGGAAUCUGCUUUAAUCCCAGCUGGAUAUGCCCCAGGCUUUAUAGGAUGCAAGAAGACCACUCCUCAUCCCAUCGAGUGCUGCUGUCCCUGCUAUGAGAAAAAUGACACCACGUGGGUGGGAAAGACUUGAGCUCAUUUGGUUCAGAUUCUGAUGAUUUGACUGAUGAUGAAGGCUGUCAGGGAAGGGG